AUGCUGGAUAUCACUCAAUUUAUCGAAGAAAAGGGUGGCAACCCUGAGCUAAUUAGACAGUCUCAAAAAGCCAGACACGCCAAUGUGGAAAUCGUAGAUGUGAUCAUCGCGGACUAUAAAGAAUGGGUUAAGACUCGUUUCCAGUUGGACGAGCUUAACAAGGAACAAAACAAAGUGCAGAAGGAAAUUGGUCUUAAGUUCAAGAACAAGGAAGAUCCAAAGGAACUUUUGGCCAAGAAAGAUGAGAUCGCUGCCGAGAAAAAGAAAUUGAGCGAGCUCGAACAGCAACAGGACUCUGCUUUGAAAGAAAAGGUGUUCCAAGUGGGUAACAUCGUGCAUCCUUCCGUGGUUGUCUCGAAUGACGAGGAAAAUAACGAAUUGGUGCGUAGCUGGAAGCCCAAGGACGUCGCAGAAGUCGGCACCACUGCUUCUUGCUCAGGUAAGCCUGCCAGUUUGUCUCACCACGAAGUGCUUCUAAGAUUGGACGGAUACGACCCUGAGCGUGGUGUGAAGAUCUCGGGCCACAGAGGCUACUUUUUCAGAAACUACGGUGUGUUUUUGAACCAGGCCAUGAUCAACUACGGUUUGUCGUUUCUGGCCUCCAAGGGCUACACUCCUCUACAAGCUCCAGUUAUGAUGGACAAAGAGGUCAUGAAGAGAACUGCUCAAUUGUCGCAGUUUGACGAAGAGCUUUACAAAGUUUUGGAUGGUGAAGACGAAAAAUACUUGAUUGCCACCUCUGAGCAGCCUAUCUCCGCAUACCACUCGAACGAAUGGUUUGAGAAGCCUCAGGAACAAUUGCCUGUUCGCUACGCAGGCUACUCGUCAUGUUUCAGAAGAGAAGCCGGUGCUCAUGGUAAGGACGCAUGGGGUGUGUUCAGAGUCCACGCCUUCGAGAAAAUCGAGCAGUUUGUUUUGACCGAGCCUGAAAAGUCGUGGGAAGAGUUUGACAGAAUGAUUGCCAUGUCUGAAGAGUUCUACCAGUCCUUGGACUUGCCUUACCGCGUGGUGGGCAUCGUGUCAGGCGAAUUGAACAAUGCUGCCGCUAAGAAGUACGAUUUGGAAGCCUGGUUCCCUUACCAGCAGGAGUACAAAGAGCUUGUGUCGUGCUCAAACUGUACCGACUACCAGUCCAGAAACCUGGAAAUCAGAUGUGGUAUCAAGAAGAUGGGAGACAGAGAGAAGAAGUACGUCCACUGUUUGAACUCCACAUUGUGCGCUACCCAAAGAGCCCUAUGCUGUGUGUUGGAAAACUACCAAACCGAAGAUGGUCUCGUUGUUCCAGAAGUCUUGAGAAAAUAUAUUCCAGGCGAACCAGAGUUCCUCCCAUUCACAAAGGAGCUUCCAAAGAACUCCACUUCUAACAAGAAGAAGAAUGCUAACGCUAACUAA